AUGUCCUACUUACAGCUGACAAAAUGUUCCUUAUGUCUAAAACAUGGAUUCUUAGAUAAGAAAGUGCUGCUUAAAUUUUGUUUAAACAGUCCAAUACAGCACGUCUCUAGAAUAUCAACAUCAUGUUACCUAAAUAGUAAUCUGCCGCCACCCCUCACAACUCAGACAACUAUAAAGAAAACAAAAAAAAAUGUACCGCAAGAUACAAGAGUAUGGAGGGAAACACCAACUCAUGAUAUUAAAAAUAAUCUAGGCCAGUACUGCAUGAUGCUAUCCAAAUUCAGACUUACAUCCCUGGUUGUAAUGACAUCAAUGGCCGGAUAUGCGUUAGCACCAGCUCCAUUUGACCUAACAACAUUCACGCUGUGCGCAAUCGGUACAGGACUAGUCAGUUCCGCUGCCAAUUCUAUUAACCAAUAUCAUGAAGUACCAUUCGAUGCUCAGAUGUCUCGGACAAAGAACAGGGUGCUGGUGAAGGGACUUUUAGAACCAGUACAUGCAAUAGGUUUUGCCGCUGCGACAAGCGUGACGGGCCUCAGUUUGCUAUACUUUGGUGUGAAUCCUCUGACCGCAGCUUUAGGAGCUGGUAACCUUGUGUUGUAUACAUCGAUAUACACACCAUUAAAGAGAAUAUCUAUAUUAAAUACAUGGCUGGGAUCUGUUGUUGGUGCUAUUCCUCCCAUGAUGGGGUGGGCGGGAUGUAGUGGUCAUUUGGACGCGGGUGCUUUAGUUCUAGCUGUUUUGCUAUACUCAUGGCAGUUCCCACACUUUAAUGCAUUAUCUUGGAACCUAAGGCCGGAUUACUCUCGAGCUGGUUACAGAAUGAUGGCUGUAACUGAUCCUGCUCUUUGCAGACGAGUGGCCUUAAGACACACUGGCGUCAUAACUGCCACUUGCCUGGCUUCAUCCUAUUUCGAAGUUACCAAUAUGUGGUUUGCACUAGAAUCAUUACCACUCAAUAUUUAUUUUAUGUACUUAGCUUGGGAUUUUUACAAGAAAUCAGACAGUGGCAGUUCGAGGAAGCUAUUCAGAUUUUCUUUGAUACACCUUCCGGCAUUAAUGUUACUCAUGCUAGUGAAUAAAAAAUAUUGGAGUUCAAGUGAACCACAGGAAAAUAGCGAAAUUAUUAGGACACAUGAUGUCAAUAAGCUACCAGAGACAAAAAGAAUAUCAGUAUUGCCAAGAGGACCUUAUGUUUCAGCACAGGAUUCUGUUAUAGAACCGAGUGCUAAUCAGUAG